AUGGCGGAGUUGCAUAGCUCCUUGGCCUAUGACAUUGGCCACGUCGUUUGGACCCAUUGCCCGAUGCAAUGGAAGUCUUGGAAGGUUAUGCCUGACGAGAUUAAGAUGGAGGUUCGUGGCCAGUUGUCGACGAACUACAACUUAGAGGACCUCGACGAGGAGUCAUUGGCGUAUGUCAACAGACUUUUCGCUGAGAGGUACAAGCAGUGGAAGAGCGACUUGCACAACCAUUUUGAGGCGUUUGAUGAUCCGCAAGUCGCUCUUCAGGAGGGUUGCCCGAAGGAGCUUGAGGGGCAGGAGGAUAGUUGGGCGUGGCUCUGCGCUCAUUUUCAGGCGCCCGAUUAUGUGAAUAAAGCCCAAGUGAAUAAGGGCAAUAGGAAGAAGAAGACUAUUCUCUACCAUUCCGGCUCCAGGCCCUUCUCAUAUAGGAUGGAUGCACGGCGGCGGAAAUUCCAAGAGAUCGACGUCUUUGGUGACGUUUAUGUUCGACCUGGGAAUGAACACACGACAAUGGUGGAGAGGAGCCAGUUGGUUCUUCAAGAGUCCGCCUCCCGAGACUCCGAUCUAGUCUGUGGAUCCUCCACAGGAUGCUAG